GUGGACGGCGGGGACAAGCGACACCCGAUGGAGGAACCUCCAAACCUGCCAGAAUGCAGCUCUACGUACGGCUACAGGUUGUCAUGUCAUGUCGUCCGAGCAUCACCUACAUGAAGAAAGCCAGAUGCUGGCGGUGAAAGAGCACAACACCAUGCUGUCGAAGCAAUACCUCGUGGGCUGUCACCGAGGGAAUCACCCCAACAAUGCCUUGCUUCGUAACGAACCGCCCCCACGACACGUGAGACGACACCUGCACGACUGGAAAGCGGACAUUGAGCCGUACGUAGACCAUCCAUUCGACGCAGCAACAUACAGAGCGGCGCUCAACAGCCUACACAGCGAUGCGGUCAGAACGAGCCUCAGUACGCGUAAUGACAACAUCGUCUUGGGCGGUCGACCGCCGCCCAUAGACCCAGAAGAAAUAGAGCUGCCGAGAGAGACCAGGUGCACCCUAGCACAACUCCGUUCUGGGUGGUGUCACCGACUCAACAGCUACCUCUCUCGGCUGAACACACAAGUGGAAAACACAUGCCCUGCAUGUGGGCAAGGUCCUCACGACACCCAGCAUCUCUUCACGUGCACCUCCAACCCUACGACCCUGACACCAGAAGCGCUCUGGACCGCGCCUAUCGACGCAGCCCGCUUUCUCGGCCUCAGGCUCACAGAGUCGGAGGAUGAAGACGACGACACAUGA